CCCAGUGCAGCCUUCUACCCGGCGUGCGCGCCCAGGAGUCUUCUGUCUCAUUCUCUCUUCAGACUCCUCAUAACCUCUGGGCUCCCGACCGGAGGCAGCGCUCGGCCAACUUGCGACAAUGUCGAUGCUGGCGGAGCGUCGGCGGAAGCAGAAAUGGACUGUGGAUCCCAGAAACACUGCAUGGAGUAACGAUGAUUCCAAGUUUGGCCAGAGGAUGCUUGAGAAGAUGGGGUGGUCUAAAGGAAAGGGUUUGGGGGCUCAGGAGCAAGGAGCCACAGAACAUAUUAAAGUUAAAGUUAAGAACAAUAACCUGGGACUCGGAGCUACCAACAAUAACGAAGACAACUGGAUUGCUCACCAGGAUGACUUCAACCAGCUUUUGGCAGCACUCAACACUUGCCACAGUCAGGAAACAGCAGAUUCCUCAGACAACAAGGAAAAGAAAUCUUUUAGCCUUGAAGAAAAAUCUAAAACCUCCAAAAACCGGGUUCAUUAUAUGAAAUUCACCAAAGGGAAGGAUCUGUCCUCUCGGAGCGAAACAGACCUGGACUGCAUUUUUGGGAAAAGGAAGAACAAGAAAACUGCUCAGGAUGGCUGCAGCACCUCCACUGCAGACGAGGUGGACACCUCCAUGACUACGACCACAACCAGUGCCUUCACCAUCCAGGAAUAUUUUGCCAAGAGGAUGGAGCAGUUAAAGAACAAGCCACAGGCCUUGACUCCAGAGCCUGACAUUUCAGAGACUUCUGUUGAAUGGAAAAAGGGGAAGAAAAAAACCAAAGAGGCAGCAGGCACAGAUGUGGAGAACUCUCCCCAACACAAAACGAAGCAACAUAAAAAGAAAAAGCGUGUGGAAGCAGAGAUGGCGCCUGUGGCCAAGAAGAGAGACCGAGCUGAGCUGCAGCCUACAUGCCCCAGUGGGGACGAGUGUUCCGAUGCCUCUGACGAAAUUGCAGAAGAUUGUCUGCAACCCCCUGACAGCCAGGGUGAUGCCCCAAAGUCCAAGAAGAGGAAAGCAAAGAAAAAGCUGCAAAAGCUAGAAGGGGCAGAAAUAGACACCACACUAGACAAAGCACUCCUGAAAAAGAAGAAGAAGAAGAAGGCUUCCAGAUGACCUCUCAUUAGCCAGGGCCUCUGACCACUUGGCUGUCAGCACCCUUCAGGGCAAACGCUCUGGCCUGAAGUCAGCACAGUGAACCCCAGGCAGCUCAGCAGCUUUUAACAUGCCCAUGGGUUGCCAGCUCUCACCCUCUCACCAUGCUUCCCCCAAGCCACCUUCCUGAGAGAACUGACUUGAACGUUCUAGAUCAUG